UGAGCAGUUUUUAAUGUUUUACUCGUUAACACCUGUCGUUACCUGAGUUAUCUAACCUGCAACUGAUCGUGUUGUUGUUGUGUUAUUAUAAUGUUACUGUAACUGAGUCACAGCUGUAACUGUAAAGUCUGCACCGACAUUAAACGUGUCCGCCAUGUUGUGUUGAUCUUGGCGGUAGAAGCGCGGGAAUAAGAGUAGAAGCAGAGUUAGUCGAUGGUCAGUAGUUGAACACAGAGUCGUUAUUUCUGUGUUUCCACUUGCUGAUGACUGGAGGCAGCUUUUCCCGCCUGAAUCAGCCUGUGGAGGAGGCGGAGAUGAGCCGCUGCUCUCCCGCUGUCUGAGCCACUAAUCGCGGUCUGAGCUCGUCCGGACAGCCGCUGGAGAACAGCUGGGACUUUCUCUGUGGAUGAAGGUAGAAAGUGUGUGUGAGCUGAUGUGGAUGUGAACUCAGCAGCAUGGAUCAGUGUGAGGACAGAGAGGAGGGAGCCCCUCCCUCUAAAACCACUCUGUGUGGGGAACAUGAGAGAAAGACCAGAGCUCAGAGGAUCCAGCAGCAGAGACCAGACUCUCCUGAACCCAGCUGUCUGUCUUUAAAGAGCAACAACUCGAAGGACUUUUUCAUUAACUUUAAAGGACGACGUCCAUCAGCUAAUCAGAUGUAAGCUGUAACUGACAGUAAGACUCAGGUUAUUCUAGAAAAGAACUAGUUUGUAUGACGUGUUGUUCGACCUCGUCUGAAAUCAAAGAGUUUCUGUCUGUUGUGAACGUCCUCACUGGAAGGUGGAGGUAAAACUCUGUCCGUCAUAGAGAGGGGGGAGACGUGAUGUGGUUUAAACAUGGAGAUAACUUCUCCAUGUUCACACAGUCUCUCCUGGAAGACAUUCAUAGAGUUGACCUCAGUUAUUCAAAUGAAAAGUGACAGAAACAGUUUGUGUGAAGAGAGAAGUUCAAACCCCGCCCACUUCCUCACCUGCACUCAGCUGACCAAUCACUGCCUUGCUUCAGGGCACGUCAGCAGUGUUCAGUGAGGGAGGGAGAGCUAUAUGGAGGGUUGGUGAGAGCUGUUGGGACUAAACCAAACUGACUGAAGCCAAACACUGAGCUGAAAGCUACAAGCUGCUGCAGACUGAGCUGUUGAUUCUCAGUGGGAUCAGCAGGACUAGUAAACCUUUACCACUACAGGGAGUCGUCUGAUUGGCUGUCACAUCCAAACAUGACUUCAUGGACCUUUAGCUUGUGUCUGUCUCUGUGUGGACAGACAUAAUGUGAGCUCAUUCUUCAUGAUUCCUCCACAGAGUGGACCAGGAGAGCUCAGAGGUUCCCAGGUCUCAGUCUGCCCAGCAGCAUCAAACACAGCUGGACUCCAUAUUUAUGCUGCUGGAGGAGAACAUGGUCACUUUUGUGAAGAACGAGCUGAAGAAGAUGCACAAGCUUCUGAGUCCAGAUUACCCAGAAUGCUCAGGGAGUCAGAGGGAGGAUGAGGAGGUGUUGGAUGGUGAGGAGGGGUUGGACGGUGAGGAUGAAGAGCAGAGGAGGAGCAGAGAGGCAUUUGAGAAGAUCACAGUGAACUUCCUGAGGAGAAUGAAGCAGGAGGAGCUGGCUGACUGUCUGCAGAGCAAACUUAUUGCUGCAGUUUGUCGACGUGAACUCAAAUCUAACCUGAAGAAGAAGUUCCAGUGUGUGUUUGAGGGGAUCGCUAAAGCAGGAAACCCAACCCUUCUGAACCAGAUCUACACAGAGCUCUACAUCACAGAGGGAGGGACUGGAGAGGUCAAUGAUCAACAUGAGGUCAGACAGAUUGAAACAGCAUCCAGGAAACCAGUCAGACCAGAAACAACCAUCAGACAAGAAGACAUCUUUAAAGCCUCACCUGGAAGAACAAUCAGAAGAGUGAUGACAAAGGGAGUGGCUGGCAUUGGGAAAACAGUCUUAACACAGAAGUUCACUCUGGACUGGGCUGAAGACAAAGACAACCAGGACAUACAGUUCACAUUUCCAUUCACCUUCAGAGAGCUGAAUGUGCUGAAAGAGAGAAAGUUCAGCUUGGUGGAACUUGUUCAUCACUUCUUUACUGAAACCAAAGAAGCAGGAAUCUGCAGGUUUGAUCAGUUCCAGGUCGUGUUCAUCUUUGACGGUCUGGACGAGUGUAGACUUCCUCUGGACUUCCACAACACUGAGAUCCUGACUGAUGUUACAGAGUCCACCUCAGUGGACGUGCUGCUGACAAACCUCAUCAGGGGGAAACUGCUUCCCUCUGCUCGCCUCUGGAUAACCACACGACCUGCAGCAGCCAAUCAGAUCCCUCCUCAGUGUGUUGACAUGGUGACAGAGGUCAGAGGUUUCACUGACCCACAGAAGGAGGAGUACUUCAGGAAGAGGUUCAGAGAUGAGGAGCAGGCCAGCUGCAUCAUCUCCCACAUCAAGACAUCACAAAGCCUCCACAUCAUGUGCCACAUCCCAGUCUUCUGCUGGAUCACUGCUACAGUUCUGGAGGAGGUGUUGAAAACCAGAGAGGGAGGAGAGCUGCCCAAGACCCUAUCUGAGAUGUACAUCCACUUCCUGGUGGUUCAGUCCAAACUGAAGAAGGUCAAGUAUGAUGGAGGAUCUGAGACGGAUCCACACUGGAGUCCAGAGAGCAGGAAGAUGAUUGAGUCUCUGGGAAAACUGGCUUUUGAGCAGCUGCAGAAAGGAAACCUGAUCUUCUAUGAAUCAGACCUGACAGAGUGUGGCAUCGAUAUCAGAGCAGCCUCAGUGAACUCAGGAGUGUUCACACAGAUCUUUAAAGAGGAGAGAGGCCUGUACCAGGACAAGGUGUUCUGCUUCGUCCAUCUGAGUGUUCAGGAGUUUCUGGCUGCUCUUCAUGUCCAUCUGACCUUCAUCAAGUCUGGACUCAAUCUGAUGCCAGAGGAACAAUCAACACUCUUCUACCAGAGAGCUGUGGACGAGGCCUUACAGAGUCCAAAUGGACACCUGGACUUGUUCCUCCGCUUCCUCCUGGGUCUUUCACUGCAGACCAAUCAGACUCUCCUACGAGGUCUGAUGUCACAGACAGGAAGUGGCUCACAGACCAAUCAGGAAACAGUCCAGUACAUCAAGAAGAAGAUUGAAGAGACUCCCUCUGCAGAGAAAAGCAUCAACCUGUUCCACUGUCUGAAUGAACUGAAUGAUCGUUCUCUAGUGGAGCAGAUCCAACAGUCCCUGAGAUCAGGAAGUCUCUCCACAGAUAAACUGUCUCCUGCUCAAUGGUCAGCUCUGGUCUUCAUCUUACUGUCCUCAGAAGAAGAUCUGGACGUGUUUGACCUGAAGAAAUACUCUGCUUCAGAGGAGGCUCUUCUGAAGCUGCUGCCAGUGGUCAAAGCCUCCAACAAAGCUGUACUGAGUGGCUGUAACCUCUCAGAGAGAAGCUGUGAAGCUCUGUCCUCAGUCCUCAGCUCCCAGUCCUCUAGUCUGAGACACCUGGACCUGAGUAACAACGACCUGCUGGAUUCAGGGGUAAAGGUGCUGUCUGCUGGACUGAAGAGUCCACACUGUGCACUGGAGACUCUCAGUCUGAGCAGCUGUAAACUCUCACAGAGAAGCUGUGAAGCUCUGUCCUCAGUCCUCAGCUCCCAGUCCUCUAGUCUGAGACACCUGGACCUGAGUAACAACGACCUGAAGGAUUCAGGAGUGAAGCUUUUGUCUGUUGGACUAAAGAGUCCACACUGUGCACUGGAGACUCUCAGGGUGGAGCCUGGUGGAGUCCGAUGGUUGAGACCAGGUCUGAGGAAGUAUUCCUGUGAACUCACAAUCGACACAAACACAGUGAACAGAAGGAUCAAACUGUCUGACAACAACAGGAAGGUGACAUAUGUGGAGGAGGAUCAGUCAUAUCCUGAUCAUCCAGACAGAUUUGACCAGCGUCCUCAGCUGCUGUGUUCAACUGGUCUGACUGGUCGCUGUUACUGGGAGGUCGAGUGGAGAGGAAGGGUUUAUAUAUCAGUGAGUUACAGAGGAAUCAGAAGGAAAGGAAACAGUAGAGACUGUUGGUUUGGAAGGAACGAUCAGUCCUGGAGACUGUUCUGCUCUAAUGGUGGUUACUAUGUCUGUCACAAUGACAGAGUGACAUCUGUCUCCUCCUCCUCCUCCUCCUCCUCCUCCUCCUCUAACAGAGUAGCAGUGUAUGUGGACUGUCCUGCUGGCUCUCUGUCCUUCUACAGAGUCUCCUCUGACUCACUGAUCCACCUCUACACCUUCAACACCACCUUCACUGAACCUCUGUAUCCUGGGUUUAGGUUCUGGUCUGGUUCCUCAGUGUCUCUGUGUUGAGUGUAGCAGAGAGAGUCUCCUCCUGUCAGAGAAACUCAGUGUUGAACAGAAAGUUCAGUCUCUACACGUCUGUCUCUUUCACUCACUCACCUUUUCAGAUUCAUGAAUUAAAUCAGUUGAUUUUUAAACUCUUGUAAAAGAUUCUUGUGAACUUCUUCCUCUUCCUUUAAAGAUGGAAACUAUGAUUAUUACAGGAUAAACAAUGUUGAUUUUUACUUUUGUAAGACUCUAAUUUUCUUGUCUUUUCACAAUAAAAGCAUCAGUGUGAGUAUCAGUGUCUCUGAAUCUGAGGACGACUGAGCUGAUUCAGUUCAAACUAAAAUGUUUUCAGUUUGUUUUAAAGGUCUGAGAAAAGACAAAGACAGUCAGUGAGAUGGUCCUGAGGCUCUCAGUGAUGAAGGUUUAUGUCCACUUUUUUUUUUUUUUUAACUUUAUUGCCUUAAAUGUACAUUAACAGGCAAUUAACAUCGCCAAGGAAUACAAAAAGAAAAAAAAAAAUCAUCUUGAGAUUGGGUCUCAUCUGUCACACAGAGAUAGCACUGUAAAGGGUAUAGCACACAUCUUAUUUAGUUCUGUACUCCAAAAAAGGGAUAUUUUAGAUAAUGUGGUGUCUUAGCUGAUUUGUGAGUCAAGGAUAGGAAUGUUUUUAGGAGGAGACUAGGUGUAAAGGUCAGACGCCAGAAAAAAGCUGACUUUUGUUUUACAUAACAGAAUUUACGGUAUCUUUUAACUUCAUAUAGAAUGACCAUGUUUGGACAUAAAUGUUGGCUCUUUGCCACUAGAGGUUAUUAAAAAUCAGCUAUGUCAUGAAUAUGUAUCUAGAGGUUAUUCAGCCUAUAAAUUGUAUGGUUUUGGGGAAAAACGGGAGAAGAUCCUUUUUCGCUUUGGGUCGUCUCACGGGCAGUUUUGAUGCUUGUCAAAUGAUGUGCCUUUUUGUAAUAAACUUUUUUAUAUACAACUAA